ACCUGUCACGACUGUCACUGUCAGACUGUCUCCACCUAUCAGCUUUGUAAUGUAUAUUUGUUACGUAAAAUUGUUAAAAGAAAAUUAGUACCUAGGUAAUCUAAGAAAAAGUGUUGUUUCAAUCGAUUGUAUGUUUUUAUUCUUAUAAGUAUGCAGGCUAUAAAAGCUUUAGGAGUCGCUGCUCCUAAAACUAUCCUUUCUGUAGCUAAGAAAGGGGCUCUUGCACCAAUUGUAGAGCAAAUCCGCCAAACCCAUUUGCCAGCACCGAAUCCAAAUGAAAGGCGCCCAUACUCUCCGUUUCAAGAUUCGUCUAAUAUGGCUGAGUAUGCUGUGGCGCGCCUAGACGACUUAUUGAACUGGGGAAGAAAAGGCUCUAUAUGGCCCAUGACAUUUGGUUUGGCAUGCUGUGCUGUAGAGAUGAUGCACAUUGCUGCACCACGCUAUGACAUGGACAGAUAUGGUGUUGUGUUCAGAGCAUCUCCUCGUCAAUCAGAUGUCAUGAUUGUGGCUGGAACACUCACAAACAAAAUGGCACCAGCACUGAGAAAAGUUUAUGACCAAAUGCCAGAUCCACGAUGGGUUAUUUCAAUGGGUAGUUGUGCUAAUGGUGGUGGAUAUUAUCAUUAUUCAUACUCAGUAGUAAGAGGAUGUGACCGCAUUGUUCCUGUCGACAUAUAUGUACCAGGAUGUCCUCCAUCAGCUGAGGCAUUGCUUUAUGGAGUCCUCCAACUUCAGAAAAAAGUGAAAAGAAUGAAAACCAUUCAGAUUUGGUACAGAAAGUGAAUAUUGAAUAAAUGCAUAAAUCAAUAGACAAUUAUUUAUACUUUGUUGUAAUUUAAACCCUUCUGAAUACAUCUUAGUGCAAGCAUUAAA